AUGUCUUCAUCUGAGCCUGAGUCCGAUGUCGUCCGCACUGCUACGCAUGUCUACUCGGCUGUAGAAAUAUUCGUGCUAUGGUCAAACUCUAUGGGGAUCCAGGGCCACAUCUCCCUAAGUGCGCUUCGCCGUCUCGAAGAGAUGGCUAACAGAAACCUACUCGAAAAAAUCAAUGAAAAACACGCCGUAGACCUGAGGACGAACCUGCUGCCUCAACCUGGACUACUUCUAGACAUGGACUCUCCACUUCCCCAGAUGACCCUGUUUCUCCGCGAGGAUGUACUCGCGCGGACCCUCUCGUACGAGAUCGACCUCGCCAAGUAUCGCCUUGCUCGAGUCCGCGCUGGACACGCUGAUCCUGGACGUCCCCCGUACGAGAAGGUGUUUCCGACUCUCGACCUCAAAGAUAGAUUGUCAGUCGGUCCUACAACUGAUCACCGUGUGCAUUAUGUUGGCCGGGAUCCCAUUUUCCGAGAACUCGUUGUGUAUGAGAACACUGCUGUCCAUCCCACUUUCUUUGCUACAUACUCUACCGCGUCUUGUCUCUAUGCUGCGUCGUACUGCAUAUUCCACCCAACUUGCUUGUCAGGAUGGCUGUGGCUGUUCUAA